AGUCUGGCGCAUGCGCACUGCGCAGCGGCCGCCGCCGCCGCCAUUACAGCCGGCAGCUCGCUGCCUCCCAUUCCUGCUCCACGGCCGUCCUGUACUUGUCCGGACUGUGCGUUGACAUGAACAAUGGUGGUGACCUCCCCUUCGCCGUUACCUGAGAGGGCAAUUUACGGAUUUGUUCUGUUUCUCGCCUCAAAGUUUGCAUUCAUUCUGUAUCUAGUCUGGGCCUUUGUUCCUGAAUCGUGGUUGCACUCAGUGGGUCUCACCUAUUGGCCACAGAAGUAUUGGGCUGUUGCCUUGCCUAUCUAUCUUCUUGUCGUCAUUGUAAUUGCUUACAUUUUACUCUGUGGAGUUAACAUGAUGAGCACAGCGCCGCUGGCCUCUGUAGAUACCGUCACUGACAGUUAUGCAAAAAGCCAACAGAGCAAACCGUAUGUUGAAGGAGCAAUCCCUGGUCUGCAAGAUGUUUCCAUCAGUGAGGUCAAUCGAAUUUUCUUCCUUUCUACAUCUCACGAGGCAGCUGGUGACCAGACAGUGACAUGGAGGUCACAUGCCGCGAGACAUGUGGAUCCCCUGACUGAGAACUCCAGUGAUACUUCAGACCUCUAACAUGUUGUGAUAAUGCCGUGUGUUUACUGUCAUCGAAAGCCAUUUAUUCUGCAACUUUGUGCAGAUAUGAAUUUUUUUUAAAUGCCAUAUUUGUAGAAAUGAAUAAAAUGUUGGUUUCCACCAAAGGCUUAGAUAAGUAUACUAAAUUGCAUACUAGUAAGCCUUAAAAAACACGUGGUUCCCAGACCAUGCUGAAUUAAUUGGGGGAUUGUGUUUGACCAUGCCAAAUUUGUUCUUGAGUUAGGGAGAGAAUUACCAGGAUAUAUCUGUUUAAUUGUUAACUUGUUAUAACUUGACCCUGAUAUCCUCUUUGACACUUCUAGAUACGUCAGAUUUGUGUUUGAUAUAGAAUUCACUCUUGAUAAUGUUCAAAGAGUUUCAGUGCAGUUUGACAAGGUGGUGAUGUUACUACGCCAAAUGUGCGUGAAUACUCCGAAAAUUAACAAACUAAAUCCGUGCAAUUUGCCAGUGCUCUAAACAAUCUUUUAGUUUACCUCUCAUGAUCCCAUCCAUAAGCUUGAAGGUCUAAUUAAUUGAGACUGGGGGAGAAGAAUCUUGUUACUUGUCUUAUCUGUCCAGUUUCUUAAGGUGAGCACGGAUACUUGCUUAUGAACCGAGUAUUGCAAUCCUCUCUGGUUCAGUUAACGUUUUACGGAGACCAUGAUUAUAGCUACACUUCUACAAUCAGAUAUGUUACCUUGGAGGCAAUUUAAAAUGGAAGCAACCCUGUUCAUACAUUGUUCAUUAGACCAUGGAAAACCAUGGAUUGGAGCUAUUGCCUGCAGGACAAUCAGUUACAAUGGCUCCCCCGAUGAACAUGGCACAUUGAUAAUAUGUGUGUAUUUUCAUCCUCCGGAUACACCAUGGACAUGCCACAUACUGUGGUCUUAGAAUUGUAGGUGCAAGACCAUAGCUGUAGCUAUUUACCACUUUGCAUCCCUAUCUUUAUGACUCAGGGGCAUUCAAUUGGUUUAUUUUGUUUUCCUCUGGGGAAAUAUCUUUCAGAAAUUAUCUCAAAUUUAGUACAAUUUAAUACGUCGCAAACUUAAUAAUUCGGGACAAUGUUGUCGGGAGAGAAGAAUGAAAAAUGUCAAGACUAAAUGCCCUUUGCAUCUUCUAGUCAGUAGCUUUGACAUUCCUUGCUACGCUCUGCAAAUGCUACACCUUUGGGCUGCCAUAUGCAUGUAAUAGUUCUGUUACAACGUGUUUUCAUGCCGCCAUUUUGAUGUAAUGCAAUUGAUGAAUGAGAGAACACUUUGUGUAUUAGACAGACUAAAUUUGUUAUAACACGAUUUCUAUAGAGAACUACUUAAAAGUUAUUUUAGAAAUUGAUAGCAGAUAAAAAGCAGUCUUGAUCAAAAAAACAGUCAAGAGAAAAUAAACUUUCCAUCUAACCCUUCCCCUUCCCAACCUUCACCAGAGUAAUCGGACAUCAGUGCCUCUUAAGAACAUGUGUGGGAAUGAACUGCAGAUGCUGGUUUAAACCGAAGAUAGACAUAGAGAGAAACAGCAUGGAAACAGGCCCUUCGGCCCUCCAAGUGCUUCCCUACCAUGAACCACGUAUUUACUCUAAUUCUACACUGAUCUCAUCCACUCUGCCCAGAGUCUACCACUCAUCUUCACCUGAGGGACUUUAUUUUACAGCAGUCAAUUACUUACCAACCUGCACAUCUUUGGGAUGUGGGAGGAAACUAGAGCACCUGGAGGCAACCUAUGCAGACACAGGAAGAACGUGCAAACACCAUACAGACGACCCAAGGCCAGGAUUGAACCCGGUUCUCUGGCGCUGUGAGACAGAGUCUACCAGCCGCGCCACAUGUACUGCCCCUUAAUACAUUUAGGAUGUUCUCUUACACUAAAACCUAAUUGAGAAGUACACAUGACUACAGCAUUAUUUAAUACCUGGAACUGCAAGAUUCAGUCAAAAAAAGAAACAGAUGAAUGGAAAUAGGAUGAAAUUGACAGGUCUUGAUUGCUGGAGCUUGGUUACAGCUCUUAGCUUAGUGGAUAUUGAGUUUUAAUCCGAAUGGAAGGAGAAAAUUAAGUUUCAGUGUAGCAUGUAGCAGGGACCCUGCCAAAAAGAGACACAAGUGCCGCGGUGAUUAUGUUUUCCUGCUCAAAUAUCUCGGGUAAAUAGCCAUUGUCUGCUCAUUCUUGUACAUGCUGAAAAUGCAAGAUGUUCAAUAAGAUAAAUGAGAAUAAAGAGUAAAUUAAACAAUAAAAGCUUUUGCCUCGGGUGACUUGCCUUGAGUGCAUAGGAUCUCAUUCACCUUUCCCUCACCCAGGUAUUUAGUAUGAACAAAAGAACCAGUAUCUAACAUGAAGUUUACAAUUAUUAAUUUAAAUGAGAAUUGUGUUUUAAUAACAGAAAAUGGUAUAUUGGUAUGUGUUUUUGUGAAAUUCUUGUGCUUUCGAAUAAACUGCAUUUUUCAUUC